AUGUGUCUCCUGUACUGUCGUUCCGUGUUUCUAGAACAUACCUGCAAGUCAAUUGAGUCUUCGUCGGACUACGGCUCGAGCGAGUAUGGCAAGACUGCGGGCACAUACGACUCUGACAACUACGGUUCGAAGACCUCCGGUAGCUACGGAUCCGAUAGUUACGGCUCCAAGACUUCUACCGGACACAGCUCUGGCAAACACGGGUCUAAGUCAUCGGGCGACUACGGUAGAUCAAGCUCGGACAACUACCCUUCUCAGACGUCUGGUGGCUACGGAUCGAGCGACUACAACAAACCUAGAUCGGGCAACUACGGUUCUAGCACCUACGGAUCCAAGGGCUCUAGCGGAUAUGGAUCGAGCGACUACGGCAAAUCUAGCUCCGGAACCUAUGGCUCCGACUCCUACGGCUCGCGGACCUCUGGCGGCUAUGACUCGGGUAGUCAUGGCCGGACUAGCGCUGAUAACUAUGGCUCGGGCACCACUGGUAACUAUGGAGGAACCUCUACCACUGGCUACGGGUCGAACGAGUAUGGAUCUAAACCUGGAUCUGGCAACUACGGCUCGAGCACAACUGGGGGCUAUGGGAGUGGAUCUACCAGUGGUUAUGGGACCCAGUCGGGUUCUGGCAACUAUGGCUCGAGCACCACCGGUGGCUAUGGAUCGAGAUCCAAUGAAUAUGGCUCGGGUACUGAUUCUUAUGGCUCUCAGAGCUUUGGAGGCGGCAAUGCUACAGGCGGUAGCAGCUACAGUGGCCGUGGAACUGGUCAGCAGACUGGGGGAUCCUACGGAUAUGACUCUGCAAACAAGAUGGGCGGUUCGCGCAUGGAGUCGGAGACCGGAUAUUCCCAGCGAAACCAGUGGUGA